AUGGCGUUCAAGAAGAUGGCAAAAGGGCUAAAGGAUCUGAAGCAGAAAUCUCUGGACUCCUUUUCUAACGUGUUGUACGACUACGCUGGGUUCGUGUACGAACGACCUUGCAAGAUUAUCAUCGUCAGCCUUCUGGGGUGUCUACUACUAAGCAUGGGCUUCUACUACAGAGAGCAUGAGAAGAAUAUCUACAAACUUUACUCCAUAUCGAACUCCUACGCCUGUGAAACGAAUGAAACUAUUAAUGCUUUCUUUCAUAAAAGCCGAAAGGCCUUCAUCAUGGUAGAAUCCAACUGCAAUUUGCUGAAACCACACAUCUUAAAGGAACUAAAGCAGUUCGAAGAUGGAACAAAGGAAAUUAAAGUGGAUCUAACAGAGAUCAAUGAAUGUGGGAAGGAUUCCGAACCUCCACCUGUACAGACGGAAGCGUCGAAGGAGGUAUAUAAUAUUCUUCUAAAGAAACAAGAUGUGAAUGCUAAUUUGGAUUGGAAGCCAAACUUCAAAAGAUUGAAUUUCAACUUUGCCCUUAACAAACUCCUCGGGCUGAAAAACAAAUUAACCGAAUAUAAAAACGACGAUACGAAAAAAGGAAAACAAAAGAAGGAAAAUGGGAAAGACAAAAAAAAAGGAAAUGACGAUGAUGAAGACGAUGAUGAGGAUGAUGAUGACGAUGAGGAGGAUGACGAAGAAGAGGAUGAUAAAAAAGAAGGAGAAAAUGAUACAAGUGAGAGUAAUCCCAACGGAGAAAACAACAGCGGCAACACCAGCAGUGGUGAUGGAAACCAAGUAAAGGGAUUCCAAGACAAAAUUACCAACAUGGUAGAUGAAAAGAUAAAAUGGUUGAAAGUACAAAUUACAAACCUCAUGAACGGAAAGACAGAUGUCAACACAUUACAAGAAAAACAAAUGUCAAACGUAAAUUUGUCUGAUUUCGAGGGAGAUACUUUUUUUCCACCAUAUUAUAUUCCUCCUAUGUUGUUGAAAGGGGACCGAUGUCAACUCCAAAAUGUAUUUAAGGAGAAAAAUUUAAACAUCAACUUGAGGGAGGCAAGUGAGGAGUUAAAGAAACAAAUCACGUUCACGAUGGAAGACAUAUGUGAAAAGAAAUAUAACGACUGUAACUUGAGUUCCAUCUUUUUGUAUUACGAAAAAGGAAAUGCCAAGUAUGAAAACCCCAUCAAAGUAGACAACCUAGAUUUCUACGUUAAUAGAAAGACAUUCAAGGAAAUGGUGUUGAAAGGUAUUCUUGGAAACAUGCAAUACAAGGAAGGUCCAUUUAGCUAUACCAUCACCUCUGCAAAUGCUAUUAUGACAGUUAUCCCUCUUUUGAAUUCCUCCACAUAUGAACCAUAUGUAUUGGCAUAUGAGAAGAAGCUUAUUGACUACGUUCGUUCUUACAAUAUCGAUGAAGUUAUAAAGAAUGAGGAAACCAAUGAUGGGAAUGAACCAUUCGUAAAAUUCCAUGUGUUCACGGAGAGAAGCUUAGAAGACGAAGUCGAUAGAAUCUCUAAAAUAGACAACUUAACCAGAUUGCUCUUUAUCAUCGGUGUCUGCUUGAUCUUCCUGUAUGCCUUAUUCAACAAUGUCACUUCCGUUUUAUACAGGAGUAAACCUCUCUGUGCUGUUAUGGGUAUUCUAUGUGGUUUCUUGGGAUAUCUCGCAGGUUCAGGUUUCUUAUUCUUCCUCGGGGUGAAAUCCGUUCCACCUGCAGAAACAGUGCCCUUCCUUGUCAUUGGGGUUGGCGUCGAUGAUGUCUUCGUAAUUCUGAAUUCAUAUUCUCUUCUUUUCAUGAUCAAGGAUAAUAAAAAGAGGAUUCAGCUUUGCCUAAAGGAUAGUGCCUUGGCCAUCACAGUAACUACUUUGACUAACAUUAUUGCUUUUCUGAUUAGUUCCGUUUCUCCCUUCUAUUCCAUAUGUAGCUUUUCUCUCUUCACGGCAAGCUCCCUCUUCUUCGGGUACCUAAUGGUGCUCACUCUACUCCUCAGUUUCCUGUGUAUCGAGGGGAAAUUGGAGAAGAAGAAGAGAAAUGUCUUCUCCGGUACCGCUCUCCUCUUCUGUUCCUUCUUCCGCAAGGGCAAAAACAAGGGGAAAGGUGUUACUCCUAGCGGUUCCUGCGCCGCUUUACCCAAUGCACCAACUACCCAAAGUGGUACCGGUGCUUCUGCUCCUAGAGGGGAUGCCACGGGCACCCCAGAACAGAAUAAUCUCUCCCUUGAUGUGUCACAAAAUGAAGAAGACUACAAGAAAACACCACCCGAGUAUGAAAACAUUUCAAUUUAUGAAUGGAUCCACAACCUUUACCUUUUUGAAGAAUCGUUUAAUAAAAAGAAAAAGAAUGCCACAGUGUAUUCUUCUAAUGAAAUUAGUAGCAAAGGAUGCAACAACGAAAAUGGAAUGCAGACUUAUCUUACUUCACAUGAUAGACUGACAUUGGAAAACGUAGGCUUGGAUAACAAGGACAUGAAGAAGAGGAAAGGUGGAGCAGCCAUGAAUGAGACAUCAGGUAAAAGUAGGAAUGACCACAUGGCCCUUAACUACUACACCUCUGCAAUGGCAGAAGGGGGCGUCACACCCAUGGAGGAUGAAGAGGAACAACCAUCAUCGUCAUCAACCCCUCCAAUGGGACAAGACAUUCUCGAAGUGGAAGAAGGUCAAGUGUUAAGAACAAAAGGAGAAAAAAAAAUAACCAUCGUGAACGACAUUUUUGCAAGUCCAAGUGGCACUCCAACUGACACUCCAAAUGCUAACGACUUGGAUGAUAACGUUGCAGAUACAGGUGUCAUGAGAGGAGGAGCGACCACUGCACGUUUAGGGUUCCCUCGGGAAAGGAAAAACCUACUUCAGGACCGAGAGAAGGGCCUCCUUUGCGGCGAUUACGGGGAUCACCACCACUAUAACAAUUCGACGGAGAUGGCCACGAAGGAUACGCUCCUCCUAAGCAACCUCCACGAUACGGAUAAAAAAAACAUAUACUUGUUAAGCUCCCACGAUAAUGCUCUCUUCUACAAGUACAUUUACGAAGAACCAAAAGGAAACAUAGGAAAAUAUUUCCGAUCAUUGGUGAAGAAUUAUUAUGUACCUUUCCUAUCCUCAUCAGUUGGAAAAGCUAUCGUGUACGUGAUUUUCUCCUUCAUCCUUAUGCUGUCCAUAUAUGGUUGUACUUUGAUGAAGAAGGGAAUUAAAUAUGAUAAGGCUUUCCCCGUAGAUUCCUACGUAAGGCUGUUCUCCGAAGCGAAGACCAAGUACUUCCCGCACUAUGGAGAUAUGAUAGAAGUAUACUAUUUUGACAAGGAUUUCAUUAACAAGUAUAGACAACUGAACAAUCAAGUAGAUGUAGUCUCUUCAUCUUUUCUCUACUCCGACAGGACAGAUAGAGAAAUGAUGAAAAAUCCAAAGCUAAAUAGAAACAUACAUUGGGAAGUGAAGGACCUGCAGAACGAAAUACUAGAAAUGAAUGAUGAAAUAGAAGAACAGGAUUUCGUCUCAGGGGUGGCCAAUGGAUUUACACUCUUCCUCAACAGUAAUAGUAAAAAAUUGAAAAACGAAACCCCCGAACAAUUUUACGAUACCUUUGUUGAUUGGAUCCAAUAUGAUUUUGUGGGAAAUCUUUUUAAAAAUGAUUUCAUCUUCCUAAAUCGAAAGCUCAUCGCUUGGAGAUACUUUUACUUCCAGACAAAUGUAGACGACUCCGAAAUUUCUUCGAAAUGGUUGAAGACAUGUAAGAAAAUCAGUAAGCUCGACGAUCACAAUGUACAGUUGCAGUGUUUCCAUAUCAGCUCUAUUUUUAACGAGACGGAUGAAGCCAUUAUUGAAGUUACCCUUAUCAACCUUGGCAUAACCAUCAUUACGAUCCUCUUUGCCACAGCGUACAUUAUUAAGGGGUUCAAUUCCUGCCUUAUCAUUGCUCUCAUUAUUUUCCUUAUCGACCUCUGUAUCUUUGGCUUCAUGUGUCUAUGCGGUAUCACCGUUAACAUUAUUUCGAUGGUCAUCCUGGUCCUCUCUGUCGGCUUCUCCAUCGACCACACUUCCCACAUUGUCCAGGCCUUCACGCACAGCAUGGGAAAAACACGGGACGAAAAGAUGAAGGAAAGUCUACACCUCAUGAUAGGGCCCGUGCUACACAGUGGACUCUCCACCUGGUUUGUCAUAAGUACCCUGUUUUUUUCCAACAAGGAUUUCACUGUCAUUUUCUUUCAAACGUUGAGUCUGGUUCUCUUUUUUUCCGUGACCUUCUCUUGCAUGCUAUUACCAGUGCUGCUCUCCAGCUUUGGCCCGUUGUAA